UCUCUGCCUACUGUGUGAGUCCGUGUAUUCUUCUUUGGGAACUAAUGAGACUAUAAAUAUUCGAUCGAUUAGUUGGUGAAAGAGACGCAUUGAAGCUAAGGAAUAUCUUGGUGAAUAAUGAUGUGGAGGAGAGUGGUGGCUCGAUCUGCUGCCGCGGCGUCGAGUGUCCGCGAUUUGCGGAGGUUCUCGAUGGCAGCUGCGACAUCGAUACCAGGACCUUGUAUCGUGCACAAGCGUGGUGCUGAUAUUCUUCAUGAUCCCUGGUUUAAUAAGGAUACAGGUUUCCCUGCAACAGAAAGAGAUCGACUAGGUCUCCGCGGUCUUCUCCCUCCUCGUGUCAUAUCAUUUGAACAGCAGUAUGCUCGUUUCAUGGAAUCAUAUCGAUCCUUGGAGAAGAAUACUCAGGGACAGAAAGAUGAUUUCAUAGCUCUAUCAAAAUGGCGGAUCCUGAAUAGGUUACACGACAGAAAUGAGACAUUGUACUAUCGUGUUCUCAUUAAUAACAUUAAAGAUUUUGCUCCAGUAAUAUACACUCCAACAGUAGGACUAGUUUGUCAAAAUUAUUCUGGGUUGUUUAGGCGCCCACGUGGAAUGUACUUCAGUGCCAAGGACAAGGGAGAGAUGAUGUCCAUGAUAUAUAACUGGCCUGCUCAUGAGGUUGACAUGAUUGUGCUGACAGAUGGCAGUCGUAUACUUGGGCUGGGUGACCUUGGAGUUCAGGGAAUUGGUAUACCCAUUGGAAAACUUGAUAUGUAUGUUGCUGCUGCGGGAAUCAAUCCACAACGAAUAUUGCCAGUUAUGCUGGAUGUGGGUACUAACAAUCAGAAGCUCCUUAAGGAUCGACUCUAUUUAGGAUUGCGAGAACCAAGGUUGGAAGGAGAAGAGUAUUUAUCUGUAGUUGAUGAAUUCAUGGAAGCUGUCCAUGCACGUUGGCCAAAGGCUAUUGUGCAGUUUGAGGAUUUUCAAAUGAAGUGGGCGUUUGAAACACUGCAACGCUACCGGAAAAGGUUUUGUAUGUUUAAUGAUGACAUACAGGGUACAGCAGGUGUUGCACUGGCUGGUCUACUUGGAACUGUUAGGGCACAAGGUCGUCCAUUAACUGAUUUUGCAAAUCAAAAGAUAGUUGUUGUUGGAGCUGGAAGUGCUGGGCUUGGUGUACUUAACAUGGCAUUGCAGGCUGUUUCAAGAAUGGCAGGGCCAGUGGCAAAUCCUCACUUUUUCCUGCUCGAUAAAAAUGGUCUAAUUACAAAUGAGAGGAAUGAUAUUGAUCCAGCAGCUGCUCCAUUUGCUAAAACGCAUGAAGAGAUCAAGAGCUUUGGACUUCAAGAGGGAGCAAGUCUGAUUGAAGUGGUCAAAAAGGUCAAGCCUCACGUGCUUCUCGGUUUGUCUGGUGUUGGAGGUCUUUUCAAUGAAGAGGUGCUUAAGGCAAUGCGAGAAUCUGAUUCCAUUAAACCUGCUAUUUUUGCAAUGUCCAAUCCUACCAAUAAUGCUGAAUGCACUGCUAGGGAUGCUUUCAAGCAUGCUGGUGAACAGAUAGUCUUUGGAAGUGGCAGCCCUUUUGAACAUGUUGAUCUUGGUAAUGGAAAAAUUGGCCAUGUGAAUCAAGCAAAUAACAUGUACCUGUUUCCUGGGAUCGGGUUGGGAGCUCUUGUAUCUGGUGCUCGCUUUAUUACUGAUGGGAUGCUGCAAGCAGCUGCAGAAUGCCUUGCUUCUUAUAUGACUGAUGAAGAAAUUCAGAGAGGAAUCUUGUAUCCAUCUAUUGACAGCAUUCGGGAUAUUACAGCAGAGGUUGGAGCAGCAGUUUUGCGAGCAGCUGUUGCUGAAGAGCUAGCAGAAGGAUAUCAUGAUGUGGGAACAAAAGAGCUAGUAAGCAUGUCAAAGGAGGAGACUGUCGAAUAUGUUAAAAGAAAUAUGUGGGAUCCUGUUUACAGUCCUCUUGUUCAUGAGAAAUGAACAUCUCUCCUUUAUACAUUGUUUGGAGGGGAUAUUUGGCAGCCCACCAUGUAAAGUUCGGCAGUGAAAUGUAUCAGUCAGAAUUCAAACUCAAGGGACUAAUGGGCGAAAUAUUGAAAGAUGGCUGAGAGACAUGCCUUCAAAUUUUGAUUCUUUUGGUAAAGCUAUUGUUACAAACGAAAAAAUUUUUCUUUUAUUACUGUAAUGGAUGAUGUACGCUAGUUUUUUGUAAGGAUCAAAAGUGGAAAAAAGUCUCUAUUACCGCCCAAGGCAGAUAUUCUAGCUAUCCAAAAAUAAUUUUAAAAAAA